AUGUCGACUGCAUCCAUUUCCAUGACGCAUGUCUCCUUGCAACGCUUUCCUUUCCUUAUCAUCACUAUCAUCAUCAUGGCACUUCACUGUGCCAAUGCUUUCGAUAUGGACGACUUGAUUGAAACUCCUCAGAGUGCGGAAUGCUUGGAACACGCUCUCUAUUUGGUGAAGUUUGUCAAGCGUGAGGGUGGAACCUUUAAUGAUGAAGUUCAAGAACUCAAACUGACCCCGGAUUAUGGAAUUGGCCCCCAAACUGCCUCGUCAGGUGCCAAGAUUGGGGUUUACGCCAAGGAAACGAUUGAGGAAGGAACGGUUCUGAGCCGAGUGCCUUGGAAAAUCGUCAUUGACGAUCAAGAUAUUCCAAGUUAUGCGGAAGAUAAAGAGGAGGAACGAGCCGGACUACUGGAACAUGCCAAACUAGACCCUGAAGUGAUUGCCGCCAAUGAAGCCUACGUGGCCAGUUUGCCCAACAUGGCAUGUCCCACCUUUCGCAACCUCUUGCGAGAAGUUCUCAUGGACGGUGCCUCCAAGGUGGCUCCCUACUUUCAUUAUCUCUACAGCGCCCGUCGUACUCUUCCCGCUCACUAUGGCAAACAUUCCAAGAAAAUGUUGGAACAACUCUUGAUGAAACAAACCGACGAAGAGUUGCCUCUGUUGGACAGUCUCGAAAGUUUGUUUCUAAACAAGAAACACUUUGAUUUGUGCGACAAGUUGCCCUCUCACAAACACACUGGUGCCUUCAUUGAACGCGAAGCAGUGGCCCGAUUGGUGGCUCAGUUUGCGGCUCAUGGCGGCCUCAUGAUUCCGACUUUGGAUUUUUACGGCCAUCGCAAUGGCAAGUACCUCAACACCAAUGUCACUGUCAAAAAGGGGGAAUAUGUCGAAAUUGUGGCCAGUCGCAAGAUUGAAGUGGGAGAGGGAAUCUACACGAGCUACUCGGAUUGUGAGGGUUGUGAUCCACAACACAAGCAUUACGAUAUGCCAGACCUUUUCCGGGAUCAUGGUUACUUGGAACGAUACCCACAACGCUGGGCGAUUCCCGGAGAAUGUGUGUACAUUGAAUACAAUGGCAAUGUUACCUCUGGAGAAGUGACUCCACCGAAAUUUUUGUACGACUAUCAGACGGACAUUGUGGAACGGGAGGGCGGAAAGUUGUAUUGGCGCUUUUCCGAGCCAGAACAAAUCAUUGUCAUUGAUAAGAAUGAAACGGAUGGAUCUUUUAUCUUGACGUGGGAUCAAUUUUCAGCGGAUCCAGAAGAUCCGACAGACAUUGUAGAAGCUUGGCCUGCCUACCGUGAAGAGUUGAGACGUAUUCAACGUCUAAAGAAAUUGGACUGGCUCUUGUACGAUCAAGAAACCCUUGCCGAGGUUCAUUCUCAUGAAUGGGAUAACAUUCACUCCCUUCAUCAAGCUUAUGUGGAUGUCCUCGAACAGGCAAUACUCUACAUUGAAAAAUUUCAAGCAGGAAAGUCAAAGAUGGUUGGCCACUAUGAUGACUUUGUCCAUGAAGGAGAUGGGACUACUUACAAUGAACUGGACUGCCAGAGCUCCGAAUUGAUUGAUUUCCUCACCUACGAACCAUACGAAAAGAAGCAAUCCAACUACCAAUUGAUGGACUGGACCAAACGGGAAGCCGACAAUGAUACCUGCCUUCAUUUGGACGAUAUGCUUCAAAUCUGUUCAAGUUAUCGACCACAUUAUCACGAAUUCUUUAUCCAUUUUCCAGCACAGUAUGUGGAAAAAGUAAAGCGAGUCAUUUAUCUUGGAAGUGGAGAUGCCAUGCUCUUGCAUGAAAUUCUAAAGUAUCCAGACCUUGAAAAGGUGGUCGGUCUUGAGUUGGAUCAAGACAUUACCAGAACGAGCUUCCGCUACUUCAAGACUCAGCCUCACUACGAUGAUCCAAGAGUUGAAUGGUGGUACGGAGAUGCUACCAAGACCCUGCCUCUACUUCCAAAGUCAUACUGGGGCUCCUUCGAUUUGGUGUUGGUGGACCUUUCCGAAACGGUUGUUUCCAUGGACGUCACCGGACAACACGAUAUUUUGGAUGUUUUGGAGAAUCUUUUGAAACCAGAGGGAGUCUUGUUGGAAAACGAAUUGUACAUUGACAAAUUCACAAACCACUUUGAUCACACGAUUCACAUCUUUUAUGGAUCACCAAAGGUCUGCACCCAAGUUUUGACAUUGGCAAGUAACAAGGUCGAUUUCUUGCACCAGCCUCUUACGGAUCACGGCAUUGACAACUACUUGGUCCAUACGCCAAAAGAAGAGCAGGACAAGUACACUUACAUUCAUGACUACCUAAAAUCAUACGCCAGCAAGGAGCAAUGUAACGCAAAGAAAGAUUUGGGUGUCGUACAAGGAAAACCUGCCGGAGUUUUGGAGGUUGUGAAUUACGAAGGAAUUCAGAAUAUGCCAGGAGACAAGUUGGAGAAGAAGCUAUUUGCUGUCGCCAAGAAGCUUGGAUUCACAACUCAUUCUGUCGCUACUCCUACACUUGGAGGAUAUGCAUUUGUCUCUAUGAACGAAGGGUAUAUCUUUAUCAGAUGUUGGCAAGAAAAGAACUAUUGUGCCGCCGACUUUAAUUUGUGGGGAGCCUUUUCCAAGCGAAAUGCCCUUCGCAGGGCCUUCCGUCAAGUUUUCAAGGCCACGACAGUCUCGGACUAUCGCGUCGUGGUUCAAGGAAUGUAUGGAUCCAAGACUUUGAAGAAGGACCAAGAAGAAAUUGGUAUUCGAUUCUCGCAAAAUAGAUUCUGCGGCGUGAAGGAUGUCAAGGCCGGUGCCAAGAUUACGGAGAAGACAGUUAAGACUCUGGCAGUUGAAACCGCAAACGUUUUGGACGAAGCCAACAAGUACGCAGUCGUUAUUUGUGGUGAAAUUGCAGGAGAGAAAUGUGUCAUUUCAGAAGCCAUGGCGAACAAUAAGGACUACCGCGAUGUCUUGACAAUUUACACUUGCCCCGAGAUUGCUAAGAUGAAUCUCACCGAAGAUGCAUCCAAAGUUGAAGACAUGUAUGAUUGCGAACUUCAAGUGUUGGAUCAACUCUUCGAAUUGCCACCCAUCGAUUUGGUCCUUAUUGAUGACUCGGUUCCAUUUAGUAUGAUGCAGGUCUUUGCCAGUAUUUUGGGUAUGCCCGAGAAACGCACCGCCUUGUUCAAGCCAAAGCACUUGAUUGCUUUGCCUUUUACCCAUACUAGCAACUACAAGGCACGAUUCUUGGCGGAACGAUAUCGUCUGGAGCAAAAGAAUCUUAUUUCUGGUACCACUUUCAUUGUCGAAGGAGAUGAAGACAAACUUGGUUGGGUUGUUGCAUUCGUUGGCGAUGAUUAUUCCAUGUUCAAGCUCGAACAGAUGGAAGGCAGACUGAAGGAGGCACUUCCCAACUUGGAUGUUGAGAUUCGAACUAGCAUUGGUGGAAAGAAGCAUACUGAGAAGGAUUUGGAGUACGAGAGUUGGACGUUUGAACCGGAAAAGUAUGAUUCAAGUCCAAACGAAAUUCAAAAUACCGAACAAGAAUCGUUGGGUCGCCAAUCCAUUGUGCAAUUGAACUGGAGCGACGAAAACGCUGGCAUCUACACGUCUCUAGCCCUUUUGCAAAAUACAUUGCAGGCAAUGAAGUUUACUCCACAGCGAUUUAGCACGUUCAAGGAUGUAGGUGACGGAGGUGGUGCCUUUUCUACAUUUACGGAAGGAAGUGCCGUUUUAGUCUACGAUGGAAAAGAAGGAUUGGUAUUGAAUCUAUUCUUGUUUGAUGAUGCCAAGGCGGUCGCGGACAAGUUUAUCGAUACCUUCAAAGCCAAGUCCAAUGGAACAUUAGAGGGGUGGUUGCGGGAUGACCAGCCACGUGGAGUUGGAAGAGUGGUAAACUUUUCGGACGAAAUCAAGGCCAGCAAGACUGGUGGAACCAAAGUUGCUCCCGGAUCUGAGGCUAGGUCCGCAGAGGACACUGCCUACCAAACAGAGGAACUGUAA